AUGAAUUUUUACAUUUACAAAAAAUGGGAAAAAUGGAUAUUACGAACGUAAAAAUUGUGGCGAAAGCGAGGAGGAUAACCCAACUUUUUUCAAGCCGAAAAUUGCAGUGAGGUUCACGUUUUAGUGUUUACCAACUUGAGAUCUCAAUCACUCAAGAACACCCACCUCUGAUUUCCCCUGUUUUUGUGGUUCGUUUCGUUUUUCUUCCCUUCUUGGCUGCGGAUUUUGCUGAUAUUCUCUUCUGGGUUUGUUCUAUUUCUCACUCUCAUGAUCGGAGAAGAUACACUAGCAGGCUGUCAGAUUACUCGAAACCUUGUCGUUUUUCACGGCAAGUCUCGAAGGUGUUCCUCUUCCCUCGUGGGAGAUUCUUGCUCACUUGACAUAAAACAUGGUUCUAAAACCGCAAUCUACCAAAGGUGGCGGAGGAUCCAUCAAGGUUGGAGCGACCGGAACGAUUAGUUCGUUGAUGACAAGGGAAUUAGAGACGAUGAGAUCCGGCCCCAAGAAGUUGGUCACUUCCAAAAACAAAUGUUCAUCAGCUACUUCAGCUAGUUCAUCUGCUGCUUCCAUUCCUAAAAGAUUGCAACAAACUAAAUCAUUUGAUGAGGUAAACAAUGGUAGAAGAUACAGUACUGUUAAUAGCAGAAGUUUUGGGAACUCUCAUAACACUACUAAGGCCGCUGGUUCGAGGGAUGUCCACCGGAUACCAAUGCUUGGUUCUGAUACUCAUGCAAAUGAAAAUGGCUAUAGAGACAAACCAGAAAGGAAAGGACUUAGAGCAGUUGCAAUUGUGGACGUAAAGUGCAAUAACCCUGAUAAAGCUUGGGCUAGCCGUCCUCUAUCAAGUCGACUCCGAAAACUCGGGUUUUCGAAGCUGUCUGAAACCUUUGCUUGACUCUUCAAUGAGCAUUGCAGACCUAUAGGCUGCUUUCUAUCAGAAUCUUUUUAGUUUUCAGGUUUCAAAUGAUGUAUAGAAGGAUCUGUAAGGGAGGCUGUGAGUCUCAUCGGUCGACCCGAAGUCGACAGUUGAUUGCAUUAUAGCGCAUCAAACUCGUGCCCGGGUGGGUUCGAAAGAAAGCUAGCUUGGUUUUGUUAUUUGACAUGUUAGAUGGUAAUUUGUUCUCUUCCCAUAUUUUCAUGUAUGACGUCAACUUAUAGCUCACCUAGUUCAAAUAUUCAAUCAUGAAGUCAGAAAUUCGAAUCGUUUUAUCUC